AUGACCAAGGUCAUGAAGACCCCGACGGUGCCGACGUGGAACGGCAGCGCCGGCACGUGGGAGAAGUACCAGCAGGAUGUGAUGAACUACGUGGACGGCACGAAGUGGGAAGACAGGUAUCUGUGCGGCCCCAGGUUGGACGUCGGGCACUGCAUGAAGGAGUACUUCGUGAAGCUCCGCCGCCGGCGCGGUGAGGGCAUGGCUGAGUAUUGCCUUCGUGUACACGAGAGCUACCAGCGUCUUCGAGUGGCUCUCGCUAGAAUGGUCAGGAAGAACGGCAAGGACCAGUUCAUUCCGGACACGGCGAUGAGGAAGCACCUGAAGUGCGAGACUGGCAAGUUCCCGAAGCUCAGCGGUACGGACAGGUGUGGCACGGCGACCGCGGACGGCAGGACGGGUGGCCUGGACGGCGGCGAGAUAGCAGCAGUGAUCGGAUCGUGCCGCGGCGAUUUCACAGUCGACAAUGUCGAGAGCGCUCUCAGGACUCAGUGGCCUAGUGACGAGAACCUGAAGGACAAGGACUACAGGAAGUCGAAGUUCAUCCGGCAGCAAGUGAUCGCGGCGGCGUUCUACGGGGAUGACGUGCAGACCUGGGGCGACGGUGGCCAUCGCACGGGGAGCUGUCCGGACAAGGCGGACCCCAAGUUGAGCCAGAACCGCCCGGCACCUGGCCGGGGUGGCGGCGACGGCGGCGCCAAGCUCCACGGUUUCAUUUUGAUGGCGGAGUACGACGCCCGCUCAGAUGACGAGACCGAGCUGCAGGUAGAGGAGCUCGGCAGCGUGGUGGACUUCGACGACCCAGAGGUCAGGAUGGCAUACAUCGUCGAGAGGGCCACUGAGAACGGGCACGGUAUCAUGGACUGCGGGGCGACGAAGACCAUUGGAGGUAUCGAGGCGGUGGAGACCCUCAACGAGAUCCUGAUCUCCAGGGGGCAUCCGCCGAUGGAAGUCGACCUGCAGGACCGGCCCGUCUACAAGUUCGGCAACGGCGAGGUGAAGCGUGUCCUGUGCCGGGUCAAGUUUACCCUUUUGGUGCAAGGAGAAUACGUAUCGUUUUUCGUUCACGCGAUCGACGCCAAAGGUAUCCCUAUCCUGGUGUCGAUCGAGACGCUGAACAGCCUGGGGGCCAUCGUGGAUUUCGAUGCAGCCUGUGGUAUCUUCAAGAAGAUAGACCCGUUCAGGAUGAUCUCGUUCCCCAGGUCCCGUACUGGUCACCUACUGAUCGACCUGACGUGCGACUUGCUGGGCGGUACGGUUCUCAAAUACAUCUACUGGCUCACAGAGGACCUCUACGGGAUCUCCAAUAGGAUCUACGGGGACACAGAGCAGGUCUACGGGUCCACUGUGUACCUCUACGGGAUCUCCUAG